UCCUCCUCCUCCUCCUCCUCUGUAAAGGAAAGCGCUUGCAGGGGAAGCGCGCGUCUACUCUCCUUUCGCCGUGUGUUCGUCUGUGUGUGUGUGUGAGGACUGGCACCGGGAAAGGAGCUAGGGCGGCGGCUGGAGGAGGUGAGCGCAUCCACCCGCUCGACUGACAGGUCCCUUUCCCGGCAGAGCGGGGGAUCGGGACAGGGAAGGCAUCCCCCCAGUGGUGCCGGCGGACAUCCCGUACUCCUGGCUGCCCAAAGGCGGCGGCGCGGGGCACGGGCCCCCCAGGGACCCCGGCGAACGGCUUCUGCAGCAUGAGCAGCAGUGGAAUCGUCCGGAGAACUGCAGCGGAGAAGGAUCGGGCGGCGCAGCUCUUGCUGGCAGCGGUGACUCUUGGCUGCCUUUGGUGUGCCAUAGAGGCCCAGGUAACAGGAUUACUUGAUGACUGCUUAUGUGACAUAGAAAGCAUAGAUGACUUCAACAAUUUUAAGAUCUUUCCCAAAAUACAGAAACUUCAAGAACGAGACUACUUCAGGUAUUACAAGGUUAAUCUGAAAAGACCAUGUCCAUUCUGGGCUGAGGAUGGCCAUUGCUCUAUCAGGGAUUGCCAUGUAGAGCCUUGCCCUGAGAGUAAAGUUCCAGUUGGAAUUAAAGCUGAAAGUACUAACAAAUAUUCAAAGAUAGAAAACCAUACCAAAGAACAUGAAGACUGUGAACAAGCUAACAAACUGGGUGCAAUUAAUAGUACAUUAAGUAGCCAAAGUAAAGAAGCUUUCAUUGACUGGGCCAGAUAUGAUGAUUCCCAGGACCAUUUUUGUGAAUUGGAUGGAGAGGAUGAUGGAGAAUCGUUUUAUACAUGGCUAGAAGGGCUUUGUCUUGAAAAACGUGUAUUCUAUAAACUUAUUUCAGGACUUCAUGCAAGCAUCAACUUACAUCUUUGUGCAAACUAUUUACUUGAAGAAACAUGGGGAAGACCUCGUUGGGGACCUAAUGUCAAAGAAUUCGCCCAUCGUUUUGACCGUACUGAAACAAAAAGUGAAGGACCAAGACGACUAAAAAAUUUAUAUUUCCUAUAUUUGGUGGAACUGCGUGCAUUGUCAAAGGUUGCAUCAUACUUUGAGCGUUCAAUUGUGGAUCUUUAUACUGGAAAUUCACAGGAGGAUACAGAAACUAAGUCUCUCUUGUUAGAAAUCUUCCAAGAUACAAAGUCCUUUCCUAUGCAUUUUGAUGAAAAGUCCAUGUUUUCUGGAAACAAAAAGGAAGCCAGAUCUUUAAAGGAAGAAUUCAGAUUGCAUUUCAAGAACAUAUCUCGCAUAAUGGAUUGUGUUGGAUGUGAUAAAUGUCGUUUAUGGGGAAAAUUACAGACUCAAGGUUUAGGAACUGCUUUGAAAAUCUUAUUCUCCGAAAAAGAAAUAAAGAAUCUUUCUGAGAACAGUCCGUCCAAAGGUUUUCAAUUGACACGACAAGAAAUAGUUGCUCUUCUGAAUGCAUUUGGAAGACUUUCUACAAGUAUACGAGAGCUACAGAAUUUCAAAGUCUUACUGCAACAAAAAAGUUAACGAAGGCUUUGUACCUAUUGGUAGAAACAGCCACUAAUUUAUCAUCAGGCAAAACGAAGCCAAUCUGCAUACAAGACUGUUCUAGAAAGGCAAGAACAUAUAUAAUUCCAAUUUGAAUAUUUAAAAUAGAAAAGGUUACAUUGGACAAAAUAUUUAUGGAUAAACUACCUGGCUUUAAUUAUGUAAAUUAUGUUUGUUUUCAACUGUUUCACUAUUCUUACUCUCUGCUACUUUUGUUUCAUCAUCAUUCAAAAGAAAUUUUGCCUCUCCUGCUUUAUAUCAUCACGCAGGAACCUCAUCCUGGCUACAUUGCUCACAUGGAAAAGAUUCUUCUAAAAAUACCUGGGUGUAAAUGCUUUUUUAAUGUUUAUUUGGAGGAAUUGACGAUAUGUAAGAGAAAUGUUUUCUUGCAUUUUUAUUUUGUUUGUUACAGUCUCUGUCAUGGCCAGUAAAUAUUUUACUAAAAUAAGCCCCUUGGCAUCCAGGGCAACUAGUUAUUGGGGAAUCUCAAGUUAUUUUUGUGUUUGCCUCCUUGUCCUUGUCCUUUCCUUUUUUAUUUUAUUUUUCUACAACACAUCUGCUUUGUUUGACAAGGCAAAACUGGGUUAAAUUUAUCAGUUUUUAUUCUGAAUGGAUACUGAAAGGCUUUUCCCAUUAACUGCUGCUAGCUUAAAAUUCAGCUCAAGUUUUAGAGUCAUGGACCUUAAUCUUCCAUCUCAAAAACCUUACAAAUUCUUCUUAUUCUGGUGCUCUUCUAUUCAAAAACAAUAAAAAAUAAAACUAAAUAUUUUCACAGAUAAAUGGUAACUUUUUUAAAAAGAAAAAGUCACUUCCAGAAUUCAACAGAGCACAUUCUAUCUAUGCAAUCUCUAAUUACACCUUUAAAAAUAUAUAGUCUCUAAUAAAAUGGAUAUUCCAUACAUUUGUUCCUAAAUCUUUAUCUACAAAGGGGGAUCUAGUUAUCAAAGAACUGUUGCAGGUAAUAAACAUUUAAAUUCUUAAUCUGCAGUAGGAAGAAGUAUAAAUUGUGAAGGAGCACCUUAUUAAAAAACUGUAAUGUAAUAUUUGUAUUCUAUGAGGGAAUGAAUGUCAGUUUAAGUACAAUAUACAGAUUUGUACAUAUUUUGCUUUGCUUUGAUAAGUAAAACAGUCUUUACAAAAUGAAUUAAAAGUGCUCUUAAACUCUUCUAAUUUAA